AUGUCCUUUACUAGCACAACCACUGAAACGAUCAGAACGAGUAACACGCUGUCCAGUAACCAAAAAAAUGCUCCAAUAGAUCAACAGAUUGCAAAUAUCAUCAGAACUGAACAUAGUCUUAAUAUCGGCUCUUCCAUCCAUUUCCACGAUGGUGCAGAUAAAGAGGGUGUUUUAAUGCUGCCUGAAUCUUCCAGAAAAAGAUUGGAAGAUGGAGGCAUUGAUUUAUCAGCAGGUUAUCCAGAGAUCCCUGAUGUCUUAGAGAUUCCAAUUUUUGUUGACGAAGCACACGCUAUUAGGGCUGAAGACGUGCCUUAUAUUGAGAGGGGUAAGAACGCCGACCCAGAAAAGAAGGCAUUGCUUGGUGCUGCAAAAGAGGUCAUCCACUUGACUAAAAACGUUGGUACCGAGAUUGUUGGCUUGCAGCUCGCAGACUUGACUGACCAACAGAAGGAUGAGUUGGCUCUUCUUGUUGCGGAGAGAGUCGUUGUCUUUUUCAGAGACCAAAAGCUUCCACCCACUAAACAACAUGAAUUGGGCUCGUAUUUAGGUAACGUGGAAGUACAUCCACAAACUCCACACGUUACCGGUUUGCCAGGUGCAACUGUUAUAUGGAACGAUUUUAAGCUGAAAAAGGGAAUGGUAUUGAACUAUGCCAAUGCGAAUUUGUCAAAUUGGGAUCCUAUUCGUAAUAAAUCAAUUGGAAAUCAGACUUGGCACACUGAUUUAGUCCAUGAACAUCAACCAGCCGGCUAUACUCAUUUGCAUCUAGAUGCUAUUCCUAAAAGUGGGGGUGAUACAUUGUGGGCGUCCGGUUAUGGUGCAUACGAUAAGUUGUCCGAUGAGUUUAAAAGGUUCUUGGAUGGUAAGAAGGCCGUAUACAUUUCCGCACAUGCUUAUCUAGACAGAAACGAUCCACUAGGUGGACCCAAAAAAAUUGAAAGAAUUCAUCCAUUAGUUAGAACCCACCCAGCAACAGGCUGGAAGUUUUUGGCUGUAAAUAGAAGUAUGACGAGAAGAAUAGUGGGCCUGUCGCCUGUUGAAUCAGACUUAAUUCUCAACUACUUGUUUGAUGUUUAUGAAAAAAAUGCAGAUCUCCAAAUCAGGUUCAAGUGGACGUCUUCAGAAGAAGGCUGCGGGACUUCGGCAAUCUGGGAUAACAGAGUAUCUCAGCACAGAAAUAUUUGGGAUCAUGAGGGAGAAGAGCCAAGACAUGGUACCAGAGUUACCUCCCUAGCGGAAGUUCCAUUCUUCGAUCCGGACUCAAAGUCUCAAAGGGAAGCAUUAGGCAGACCUAUUCAUCAGUGGGACUAA